AUGGCAAACUCGAUUUUCAAGCACCCGAGCGAUAUGCAGAACAAGAGCUCUACAAGACCCCUGCUCCUAAAGUUGCCGUAUGCGAUUCGUCGGCAAGUAUAUGUACUGCUAGGUCUUAUCAUACCAUCGACUUCCCAAGUUACACUGUCUUAUCCACCGGAGUAUUUUGUUUUUGUGUGGUCGGCUCAGAGUAAAACAUUCAGAGAAAUCGACGACGACCCACGUCCUCCUGUUUCGAACCAGCUCUUCUACGUUUCUCGCGAGAUCGCAGAUGAUGCAUUACAAGCCUUUUAUUCCGAAAACAAAGUGGUGUUGCAUACCUUCAAUGCCCUCUUCGCGUUGCGGAACCUAAGCCCCUUGGAUCUAAGGUCAUUGACGUUUCUUUCCAUUAAUAUAAAGAUUCGCAAGCCGAUCACUGAAAGGUUUCCAACGCGGUCUAAUGAGCUCGCAUGUGGGCGGCAGGUUGUUGAGGAGUGGAAGAGAUGCUGCGAUAGACUUGCUGCACACAUUCAACCAAACGUCUUGGAGGUUAAGCUCAACCUGGGCACUGGGGAUACUCAUAUCGGUUCGGCGAUGCUGAGGACACUCUCCGCACUCCCGACCUUGAAAGAAUGCUCUGUAGCUUUUGAAAUGGCCAGUAGCCGCGAGCUCCAGCUGUUGACAGAGAGGACUGUUCGCCAAGUUACUGGGCAGAUCGUGUCUUGUCCCCCGUUCCGCUUCGAGGACCUUCCAAUAGAACUCCAGCUCAAAAUUCUUGAAUAUGCAGGUCUCUCCGCGCCGGGGGAUCUUAGAUGGUUGAAGGGGAUCGGCUAUAUUUUGAAUACCUGUGCCGAAAUGGCUUGUGGUAUUCGUGGCUGGGCGGGCAUUAGAUAUAUUGGUUGCCAUAUAUUUCGAGCCCGUUACACUUCCAGGGAUCAUUGUUGGACAUUCCCGGCUUCAUUAUUCCUGGACUAUGCUCCCGGAUCGUCGUCUAUAGCACUCUGGAUCGACAGGCUUGAUUAUAUUACCCAACACUUGAACAUAUCAAACCUUGUUCUCUCGCUCUAUCUGGAGUGCACCGAGAGGUCAUGCGGACAGGCGUCCGACGUCGAUGUGGAAAAUCGCCUACAGCACAAUGUCGCCAUGCCCGAAGUAUAUAAGCGAAUUGUCGAGCCGCUUACUCGUAUAAAGGGAUUAAAAGAUCUUUUUGUGCAUAUGGGUAGACGGGGACGGCAGAGCAAUUUCUUGAACUCGGUACGGAAUAAACAAGAAGCGGAGCUUGAACAGGUGGUAAUGGGCCCGUUGUACGAUGCUCUAGCACGAGGCAAAUACUGGUCGAGGCCGCCUAAUCCGAUUUGCCGGAUGUAG